CGACUGGUGUCAAUAUCUUAAACGCACCAAAAUGUUUACUCAGAUGCUGGUGGUUGUGAUGGUGGUGGUUGGUGUCACCCUCGCUAACGCUGACGUCUACGAGCCAGUCUAUUAUCCGGAGCCGCUGCCCUACUACUUCAACUACAACGUGUACGACGACUACAAGGGCGCUAACUACGGCCAGCAGGAGAAGUCCGACGGUAAAGCUGUGUACGGCUCCUACACCGUCGACCUCCCCGACGGUCGCAAACAAAGGGUGGACUACACAGCUGACCACUACAAGGGCUACGUGGCCAAGGUCAGUUACUACGGCAAGGCUCAGCACCCUAAACACUACGGCCCAGCCAUCACCUUCAAACACCAAGGCUACGGCUACGGCCACUGAGAACUUCACCCCACGCACUACACCUUUAUAGUUAUUUUUCUACAAUAUCGAAAAUAAAUAAAAAAAUGAACAUA